AUGGCUGCGGUCCCGGUGAUGGGCCGCGGCGAGGAGGUGGUUUCGCCGUGCCGGCUCCAUGGCAGCUCGGCGAGUUGGCUGCGGGGGCGGCUGGGACUGCGGCGCAGCACCACCGGCUCGUCGUCAGGGACGUGCACGGCGGGCUUUGAGCUCACAGCGACAGAUCCACGCCGGGGUGAGGAGCCUCCUGUUCCGCGGCCACUUGGUGCCCUCGCGUGCCGCCGGGAGAGGAGCUCUCGUCACGGCCACCUCUUCUCCAAGUGUUGCCAUUACCUCAAGGACAAGGAGGCGCGAUAUAGCCUCGAGCUGGCCACUGUGACGGAUCUGCGCCAAGGGCUGCGCCGGCCGAGGAGCCUUGGUGUUCUGCCGCCACUUCAUUCCCUCUUCCCCUCUGUGUGCCACCGGGAGAGGAGCCCUCCUGAUCUGCAAACGAGGUGUCCAAGGUCACGCACAGCAGGGAGGAAGAGUGAUUGGGCGGCCACUGCUCUGCGUGAAUGCUUCUUCAAGGGACGCCGCUACUCCGACCACUCCAUGGAGUUAUUAGUUCAUCAAGGAGAACAUGGCCCUCUAGAAGGUGUUCGAGGACCCGAGGCGCACCUCCAAAUAUUGCCAUUGCCUAAAGGAGAAGGCAAUGAAACUGGAUGCACGUGUAUGCAGAGCCAGAUCGUCUGCCACCGUUGCCAGAGGGUGCUGGCCUACCCAUCAGGGGCGCCCAGCGUGUGCGGCGCCAUGUGCUGAGCCAUCACCGUCGUGCCACCCCCAGCGCCAGGAGCUCCGGGUCUACAAAAUUUGAAGUUUGAAACCAUAUAGCUCUACUCAGCAAAGAGUCGUCUCUUCUAUUUGGUUGUAAUAGAAUGUAAAUAUUGUAAUAUUGUAAUAGUAGGCAUAUCUGGGUUGUAAUAAGUAUAUACAGAUUAUAGUAGACUUAGUUAGUUUUAUUUGAUGAACUACAUUUGUACUGUUCUGUUUAAAAUAUUGAUUAUGUACGUGAUUUGAAAACGUGUGGAAUGGAAACCUAACUUGUGGGAUUCACUUAUGAAAA